GUAGUCCACAAUGGCGGCGCCCGACGGAACUUUAAACUGUGAGGACUUUUCAAUGUUUCAGGAUGUUCUGAAGGUGAUGCGUAACAUAGAUGACCGUAUUGUCCAUUCUCUCAACACCACCGUGCCGACUGUCUCCUUCUCAGGCAGAGUGGACGCCUCCCAGACAUGCAGACAGCUCUAUGAGUCUCUGAUGGAGGCCCACCUGAGCAGAGACCGAGCCAUUAAGACGUGUAUAGCCCAGACCUCUGAGGUGGUGGGCCAGCUGAGAGAGCAGAGGGCCAAGGACGGAGACAUGACAACUGUCAAACUACUCAGGAAGGAACAGACCAAGUUAAAACUCAUGCGGUCGGAGCUGAAUGUUGAAGAGGUUGUUAAUGACAGAAGUCUGAAGGUGUUCAGUGAACGGUGCCGGACCCACUACACGCCUCCUACGGUUAAGUGACUAUCUGAGCUGCUCUGGUGAGAAUAGAACCAGACCGAGCCAUUGAGUCAUCCGUGGACUUGACCUGAGGGACCCCUGCCCUCCAGCCGACCACACUGUUAUCAUCCAUGGGGACCGCUGCGUUGCCUCACAACAAGGCCACCUCUGUCAAGCAAUCUGCUCUGUUUAUUUUCAUGAUUGUAGUUUUUAUUUGAAUUUUUUUAAACAAUGAAGUGUUUUCCAAUGGC